CGUUUUCCAUUGCUAUUCAACAAUAUAAUAGCAAGUCGUGUAUGGCUCUUACUUUGUGCUGUUUCAGGACACGCAGUAUUUGGGUGUUUGCUCUGUAACCAGAGUUGCUCUUCUAUUAUUAAAAUAAUGACGGAAAAAAUUGAAGAUCUAACCUCAUGGGUUAGAACACUGGACGUGGAAACCGAAUCGCCUAUCGAAGGGUUGAUAGUUGGUAAAAUUCCAGAAUGGUUGGAGGGUUCUUUAAUACGGAAUGGUUCUGGAAUAUUUGAAAUUGGAGAAACAAAAAUGAAUCACUUGUUCGACGGACUAUCUGUUAUACAUCGUUUUGCUAUCAAUGGCUAUGGCCAAGGAAAAGCGACUUACCAGAACCGCAUUCUGCAGAGUGACACUUACAAAGAAGCUAAAGCCGCCAAUCGGCUGACCAUGCAUCAAUUUGGUACGUUUGCAUUUCCCGACCCUUGUCAAUCGUUAUGGGGAAGAUUUAUGGCACGAUUUGAACCAGUGACCAAAAGGGAGAAAACGGACAAUUGUUGUGUUAGCGUUUGUUAUUUAGGAGACAAAUUGUAUGCCUUUACUGAAACUCCUCAAAUUCGCCAAGUUGAUGCAGAAACCCUUGAAACCGUUGGAGAAAAGUGCAACAUCAGCAAACUAGUGGCCGUUAAUCAUUCAACUGCCCACCCUCACGUUCUUGACGAUGGCACUGUUUAUAACAUGGGAAAUUCCAUAGGAUCAAAUGGACCCAUUUACAACAUAAUUGAAUUUCCCGCGGGGGCUGGUGCAUUGGAGGGAGCGAAAAUUGUAGCAAGCUUUCCGUCUCGUUGGAAAAUGAGUCACUCUUACUACCAUAGCUUUGGAAUUACGGAAAAUUAUUUUGUUUUCGUUGAAUUUCCGUUAAUCCUAAACACGGCGAAGCUGCUAGCAAUGAAUCUAAGACAAAAGUCUGUUGAUUCAUCGUUGGAGUGGUUUCCUAAUGAAAAGUGCCGUAUCCUUCUGGUGGAGAGAAAAACUGGCGAACUAGUUGAAACGGUUUAUGAGGCUCCACCCUUCUUUUGCUUUCAUCAUGGAAACUGUUACGAGAAAAAUGGCUGUAUCAUUAUGGAUAUUUCACAUUGCAAGGACGCCACAAUUUUUGCUGGUUUAAGUCUGAAAAGCUUACGUGAGAAUAGAGGUGACUUUACGAACACUUAUUACACUCGCUUCGUACUGCCGUUAGCUGUUGAGCCUCCUACAGAUAACGAUUUUCAGGACUGCAAAAAUUUAGUAGAAGUGGAAGAAUCAAAAUGCAAAUCAUACUGGCAAUCAAAUAAGACAAUCUUUUGUGAACCCGAGCGUUUACUGGAGCAGAGCUUAGAACUUCCACGAAUAAACUACUCGAGAAAUGGAAAAGAGUAUAGAUAUGUCUACGGAAUUUCGCAGUUGGACGGUUACGCCGAAUCAGAAAAGAUCUUAAGAUUGGAUCUGAAUACCAGAGAAGUAAAACAAUGGGCUAAAGCUGGAUUUAGUCCGUCCGAACCUGUUUACGUUUCGCGUCCUGAAUCCAUUGAGGAAGACGAUGGAGUCGUCUUAUUUUCUGCAGUAGAUCAGGUUAACCCAAAGAAGGUUUUACUGAUAAUUUUAAAUGCCGCCACGUUUAAAGAAGAAGCUGUGGUAGAAUACGUUGCACCAGGGAUAAUAACAAAAGAUUUCCAUGGCAUAUUCUCCCGAACGGGGGACAUAGUUCAUGGUUACUGAUGCUAUCCCAUUCCAACAUAAUCCAUGUUCAGCCGACCUUUGUCUUUUUCUUUUUGCUUUUCAAUCAUGUUCGUCCUCUCAAGUGAAUUUUUCGCUUGUUGGCUUUCCCAACUAAUAUUGGCUUUUACAUGUAAUCGAAGUAUGAAUUAUGUGUGAAUCUCUUUUGGGAAGAGAAAAGGAGGUUGGAAAAUGUCGGUAUCAUGAAAUGAAACGCCAAAUGUGUAACAGAAAUAUAUACCUCCAUUAUAACAAUAAUGCAUUAUCAGGAAGAAAACAUCAGCACUAAAAUCGUUCAAUAACGCACACGUUGUUAACUGAGAUAUUUACUAGCUUUUUGGGUUUGGAGAAUGGGAUUUUUCAAAUUUAUAUGUCACUGCGCUUUACGUAAUAAACGAUACCG